GCCCGACGCCUGCAGUCUUCUGAAAGCCGCUCUCUCCCAGUCUCCCUCUCCAUCGACACUCGGCAGGAUCUUCCUUCGUGAGUCUAGUGACUUUCAAAUCGCUGCUCGUUUGUCUCGAAACUUCGCUUGAUCACUCACCUGUCUUCGGUUGUUCAGCUUCUCCCCUUCGACCCUUCAGGCCGAUCUCCGAUCUGCAGAGCAGCCAAUAUCUAUCGAGCGCUAGGAUUUUGGUCGCUACCAUCAAGGCUUUUGAUUUUUGGAAGAGAAGGAUAUUACAUACUUUCAGUAACAUAUGGCUGAUAACGAUUCAAAUAACAGGUACAACCCUGGGCCAGAUUUCGAUGAGGAUGAUAGAGGUCCAGUCCUUCCAAUUUCCUUGUCUGAUUCAACAGAACUUUGGCUCAUUCAAUGGCCAAUUAAUCAUUUACAACCUGCUGAUUUCCAUGGGAAGGUGCUUUCUCUGAAGCUUCAUAGGGAUGAAAAACUAGCAAGCUUUGAGAAUUCAUCUGGGAAAUCUUAUGAGGUGGUUAGUUUUGCCACUCAGGUGCCUGAUGCAACUGUGUUCCUCCCCUCUAGUUCUGAUUCGAAAGUUGUUGGGAAAAUUUCUCGGCGCGUUAGCUUAGUUUGCUAUCCGGAACCAGGUGAAUUUGAUAAGCCAAGUUUUGGCACAUCGAGCUUGAGUGGUUUAAGAUCUGCAGGUUCAAAGAUGAAAGCAUUGUCCCAUCUCUCAACCAUACUUAGGCAUGGAAGCCAAACUGCAACUGCUGGAUAUUCCCGUGGGGCAUUAACUUCUGGCCGUAGUCUUGGACAGGAACUACUGGAAACUCCACAUCAACAAUCCAGGAAAAAGAAACAAGAGGUCUGCACACCUGCAUCAGUAUCUGCAAGGUCUAUUGGACGUUCUUCGCUUGCUUCUGAACCUGAAAACCAGAUGGCCAGCACUGCAACUGGAUCAGCAAAAUCACAUGGAGAGAAAAAAUCAAAGAAGAGGAAGAUCAAGGCUGAAGUGUAGCUUAAUUCUAGGUAACCUUUUGCUGAAUUUAAUGAAUUCUCUUAUCGACUGAUAAUAGAAUAUAAUAUCUAUUUAAUUAUUUAUCUAGUGAGAAAUGUUCAUCAUCAACUGAAAUAACGUUUGCUCUCAUUUUAGCCUUCGACAGUUUAUAAUUUAUUAUCUUAUGGCUUUUGUGAUCA